AUGGAGAUAAAUGAUGGCAGUGGGAGACAACAUACUGUUAUAUAUGUGGAUGACGGCAAGCAAUGCAUCUUCAGAGUUCCUAAGGUGCUUCAGAAACAAAACCCAGACGCAUAUACGCCUUACGUUGUCUCGAUCGGUCCUUUUCAUCAUCGAAGGAAGGUCAGCAAGAAUGAAGCUACAGAUCACCAGGAGGAAGACAAAGAGGACAAGGGUAAAGAAUAUCAACUCGUGGAACGAAUGAAGGAGAGGUAUUUGAAUGAAGUUCUCUCAUGCACGGGCAUAACAACUCUGAAAGAGUUGACUGCAAAAGUUAUUGAGAUUUCAGAUCAAAAGAAUGAUGGGCCAUUUCAGUUUGAGAAAGACGCCCGCGAUUUCUAUGCAGAACCACUUGAUUAUGAACCCCAGUACUUCAACGAGAUGAUGGUAUUUGACGGCUGCUUUCUAAUCCAACUGUUUCGAAAGUGUAGUGAUGUGCAACUUAGGGGAGGUUAUGACCCGUUGUUCAACAUGGAUUGCAUGUUCCAUUUCUUAUGCCAUGACCUUUUACUUCUUGAAAACCAACUACCUUGGUUUGUUCUCGAAACUAUAUAUAGCCUGAUCCUUGCCAAUUCCCACAGUCGACCUAGCCAUCCUCUCUCCAUUCUCAUACUCGACGCCUUCAAGCAUUUACCCUCACUGAAGCAUUGUGACUCCUAUAGAAAUCAUCUUCUUCACCGCCAUCCUCAUAAAAAGAAUUGGCGAGGUCGUGUCGACUAUGCUGACGUUCUGCACAUACUCGAUCUUAUGAGAGAUUCAGUAGUUGUCCCAAUAAUGAUGACAGAGCAGACAGAGAAGAAACCUGUACAAGCCAUCCUCGACCCCGAUGUACAUGAAAUGCACACUGCAACUGCUCUAUCAAAGGCAGGCAUAUCAUUCCGAGGCUUCAAAGCAGAAACAAGCAUAAUGGACAUACAGUUCGAAGAGGGCUGGCUUAUCUGCAAUGGAGUUCUUAAUAUUCCGCAGCUGAACGUGGGCAUGUUAUCCGAGUCAUUAUUCAGGAACCUCAUAGCUUUUGAGCAAUGCUACAGUGGGAUUUCAAAUGAAAUUACAUCUUAUGCCGUCUUCAUGGAUAAUCUGAUCUCCACCCAGCAAGAUAUGGAAUUACUUUGUAAGGAAAAAGUAAUAGGUAACUGGCUGAGUGAUGAAGAGGGUUGCAAGUUCUUCAACAACCUUUACAAGGGCAUCCCACACACCAAGUUCUACUAUGGACCUCUCUGCGAGAAAGUACAGCGACGUUACGAAAUGAAUUGGUAUACAUAUGUGGCGUCAUUCAAGACUCAAAAGCUUUCGAAUCCAUGGGCAGUCCUUGGUUUUUGCACAGCUAUUAUCCUUCUUGCUCUCCAGCUAUGGAAUAGCACAAAUAGCCUCCGGACCUUCAGGAAGGCAAACAAUGGUUUUUGA